AUGCCUCCAAAGGUGCUUGUCGCGCGCAAUACACCCACGGUGAGCGAGGCCACUCUUACCGAGGAAGACAAAUUCAAUGAGAACUGUUACUCCAAGGAAUCCGAAUCCUUACAUCUGGAUCUCGCAAAAGAGAUCGAUGUCGAGGCCCAGACAUCCCAACCUAUCCAGCGCAAACCCAAGUUGUUUGCAUCCACUCGAUAUGCCAUUCUCACACUAUACCGGCGUCUUUUCACGCUAGUCUUCUCUGCCAAUGUUGCAAUGUUCGUGUACGUCAUGAGCACGGAGCAAAAACUCUUAGCUCUGGUCAAUGCAACAGCUGCCAACUUGCUCGCUUGCGGUCUGGCCCGCCAGCCACUGGUGGUCAAUGCCAUCUUUAUGGUGGUUUGCUCAAUGCCGCGCUCAGCGCCUCUGCCCCUCCGUCGUAUCGCCGCCAAGGUUUACCACUACGGUGGUGUCCAUAGCGGCUGUGGAGUCGCAUCCCUCGUGUGGUACGUGGGAUUCGUGGGCGUGUUAUCCCACCAAUAUUGGAGUCCAUCAGCGGAUGUUUCGGAUUUGGGCAUAUCAGCAGCGCCUGUUGCCUUAGCUUAUGUCAUCUUGCUCCUGUUGCUGGCCAUCAUCGUGGUGGCUCACCCCGCCUUCCGGAUGAAACGGCAUGAUUAUUUCGAACUCACCCACCGUUUCUCGGGGUGGCUUGUCGUUGCCUUGUUUGUCGCCUUGCUGCUCGUCUUCUCACGAGGCGCAAGCCAGGCAACGGGGCAACCACUUGGAACAUUCCUCGUUGAACUGCCAGCAUUCUGGUUCCUGAUUUUCACGGUGGCGGCCAUUAUCCAACCUUGGCUGUUCCUCCGUAAGGUCGCGGUGCGGGCCGAGCCACUCUCGACCCACGCCACCCGCCUGCAUUUCGAUCAUGCUAUUACCACCUUUGGAAAGGGCAUCCAACUUGCCAAGCACCCGCUUCGGGACUGGCAUGGGUUUGCCACUUUCCCAGACCCUACUCCCGCAGGUGUCCAUGGCAACCCAAGUUUCUCUACCUUGGUGUCCAGAGCCGGUGACUGGACUGCAGAAACCAUCCAGAAUCCGCCCACCCACCUCUGGAAGCGUGGUGUGCUGAUCUAUGGCUUUGCAUAUGCCAUGCGCGUUUUCAAGAGAGUGAUUGUCGUCACUACCGGAUCGGGCAUCGGUCCUUGUCUGUCAUUCCUCGGUGAUGAUAACCGGCCCGCACUGCGUGUACUCUGGCAAACUCGUGCCCCUCGACAGACAUACGGUGACGGGGUGAUGCACCUGGUGCACAAGAUGGAUCCAACACCUAUUAUUCUUGACACCAAUAAGUGUGGGCGUAUGGACAUGGUUCCCAUCAUCCUGCAGCAGAUCAAGGACUUCAACGCUGAAGCGGUGUGCGUGAUCAGUAACCCUGUGCUGACGACGCGAAUCGUCUAUGAGCUUGAAGCUCGAGGGACCCCGGCAUUUGGCCCGAUUUUUGAUUCCUGA